AUGUUUACUGACCCCCGAGAGCCCCCCCGCGGCGGCGCCCGCCGAUCCGAUGUCGGAGGGUUCCAGAUCAAGAUGGAGAGUCCGAUUUACGACGUUGUUGGCGAGGACGAGUACGAAUCCCUGGUAGCCAAGCGCCGGGAAGAAACCCGGGGCUUCAUCAUCGACGACAACGGUCUAGGGUACGGCGACGAGGGCGAGGAAGAGGACUGGUCCAGAGCCUCUUCCGAUGAAUCCGACGGCGAAUCGGAGAGGCCGAAGAGGAAGAAGGUCGAGAAGAAGGAAGCUCGCGAGAAAAAGCCCUCCGCCGCCUCCGCUUCGCUUUCCGCUGCCGCCGCCAUGAUGGGAAAGCAGAGGCUCUCGUCGAUGUUCACAUCUUCGGUUUUCAAGAGGAAUAGGGACGAGAAGGGCAUAGGAUUGUCUUGCGAGAGCAUAGUGGAUGACGUCAUCGCUGAGUUCGCGCCGGACGAGGCGGAUAGAGAGAGGCGGAGGAGGGCACGGGGCGGUCCGGCGCCCGGCGCAAGGGCUUUUCCUCAAAUUUCGAGUAUUAAGAGUGAGAAAGUUCCAUUUGGUGGUCUUCAACUCCCUAGGGUUGUCACAGAUGCUGAUUCUGAGCAGAAUAGGGCUGUUUCAAAUGGUAAUUCUGUACUGAAUUAUGGUCAAGAUUUCGAAGAAAUUAAGGAAAAAGGCAAUCUGGAUGAUGAAAUGCGUCAGGCUCUAGUACCCCAAUCCCCUGAUUCUACAGACAAGAGGGAUUUGGUUGAGGAGAAACUGGUGAAUGCCGUUGAGGCGAAAGCCGAACCGUUGGUGAAGAAGGAGGUUUUUACUUUGAAUGCGAAGAUUAGUAAAGAAGAAAAGGAUCCGGCUUUUAGUGCUACUGCAGGGUGGAAGGCAGUCAGGAAUGGAGGGACUGGGGAUGCUGGAGGUGCUGCUGAGGCAGUCAAUAAUGGUUCAAACAGCGAAGAAAUUUCAGAUUUUGAUUUGGAUUCAGAUGGGUCACUGCCUUUCUACAUACUUGAUGCUCAUCAAGAGUUUUAUGGUGCUAAUAUGGGGAACCUCUAUCUAUUUGGGAAGGUCAAAGCAGGAACUGCAUAUCAUAGUUGCUGUGUGGUGGUCAAGAACAUGCAGAGAUGUGUCUAUGCUAUUCCAAACAGGUCUGUAUUUCAUGACAACGAAAUAGUGAAGCUUGAAAAGGAUGUUCAAGAGUCUCGAAUUUCACUCGCCGACUUUCGUAAAAAGCUGCAAGAUGUCGCUGCAGGAUUGAAGAACGAUGUGGCAAAACAGCUGUUAGAACUAAACGUAUCAACUUUUAGUAUGGCUCCGGUUAAGAGGAAAUAUGCAUUUGAGCAGUCUGACGUACCAGUAGGCGAGAAUUAUGUACUCAAGAUUAACUAUCCAUUUAAGGAUCCUCCCCUUCCAUCAGAUCUAAAGGGGGAAACUUUCUGUGCUCUUUUAGGAACUCAUAUCAGCGCUUUGGAAAAUUUUCUCGUUAAACGAAAGAUAAAGGGACCAUCUUGGCUAUCAAUUGCAAAAUUUUCUAGCUGCCCAGCUCAACAGAGGGUCAGCUGGUGCAAAUUUGAGGUUAUUGUAGAUUUUCCCAAAGACAUAGGAGUUUCGACUUCAUCAAAGAUAUCUGUGGAUAUUCCUCCAGUCGUUGUUGCAGCCAUAAAUUUGAAAACCAUUAUCAAUGAGAAGCAAACCGUGAAUGAAAUUGUCUCUGCAUCCGUCAUCUGCUGCCACAAAGCCAAGAUUGAUACUCCAAUGUUGGCCUCAGAAUGGAAGAAACCGGGUAUGCUAAGUCAUUUUACUGUUGUCCGUAAGCUUGAUGGAGGAAUAUUUCCAAUGGGAUUCACUAAAGAGGCUACAGAACGAAACUCAAAGGCUGGAUUCAAUGUAUUAAGCUUUGAAAGCAGUGAGAGGGCUUUGUUGAACCGUUUAAUGAUUGAACUACACAAGUUGGAUAGUGACAUUCUUGUUGGACAUAAUAUAUCGGGGUUUGAUCUGGAUGUUCUUCUUCACAGAGCUCAGGUUUGCAGAGUACCAAGCAGUAUGUGGUCCAAAAUUGGCCGCCUCAAACGUUCUGUGAUGCCGAAGCUUUCGAAAGGAAACACCAUUUAUGGGUCUGGAGCAAGUCCAGGGAUCAUGUCUUGCAUUGCCGGUCGGCUGUUGUGUGAUACAUACUUGUGUUCCCGUGACCUACUAAAAGAGGUUAGCUAUUCUUUGACGCAACUUGCCAAGACCCAGCUGAACAAAGACAGAAAGGAGAUAACUCCACAAGAUGUACCAAGAAUGUUCCAAACGUUGGAAUCACUUAUGGAACUUAUUGAGUAUGGUGAGACGGAUGCCUGGUUGUCCAUGGAACUCAUGUUCCAUUUGAGUGUUCUGCCCCUCACACGUCAGCUGACUAAUAUAAGUGGUAAUUUGUGGGGAAAAACUCUACAAGGUGCUAGGGCCCAAAGAGUAGAAUAUCUUUUAUUGCAUGCUUUCCAUGCGAAGAAGUAUAUGGUCCCAGACAAGAUUUCGUCCCAUGUGAAGGAAACAAAAUUGACGAAACGGAGAAUGAACAACGGUGCUCAGGACAGAAAUGUUGAUGAGCUGGAUAUAAAUGAAGCGAAUUUGGAUAAUGAUGCUCCACAUAAUGAUCAUGGUAAAGGGAAGAAGGGACCUGCCUAUGCAGGUGGAUUAGUCCUGGAGCCAAAAAGAGGUUUAUAUGACAAAUACAUAUUACUUCUGGACUUCAAUAGUCUUUACCCUUCUAUUAUUCAGGAAUACAAUAUAUGCUUCACAACGGUGGAAAGAUCUCUGGAAGGAGUAGUUUCCCAUUUACCAUCCAGUAGGACACCGGGAGUUCUACCCGAGCUGCUGAAGAAUCUGGUUGAAAGAAGGAGAAUGGUCAAGUCAUGGAUGAAGACGGCAUCAGGAAUCAAGGUCCAACAAUUUGACAUUCAACAGCAAGCACUGAAGCUCACUGCGAACAGUAUGUAUGGAUGCCUGGGGUUUUCUAACUCAAGAUUUUAUGCGAAGCCACUGGCAGAGCUUAUUACCCUUCAGGGAAGGGAGAUUCUUCAGAGCACUGUUGAUCUUGUUCGAAACAAUUUGAAUUUAGAGGUAAUAUAUGGUGAUACAGAUUCAAUUAUGAUUCAUAGUGGACUAGACGAUAUAACAAAAGCAAAAGCCAUCGCUGGAAAAGUCAUCCAAGAGGUUAACAAGAAGUAUAGGUGCUUAGAAAUUGAUCUUGAUGGUUUGUACAAGAGAAUGCUGCUUCUCAAGAAGAAAAAGUAUGCAGCUGUAAAAGUACUAUUCAAGGACGGGAAACCGUAUGAGACUAUUGAACGUAAGGGCCUUGAUAUGGUUCGCCGAGACUGGAGCUUACUCUCAAAGGAACUUGGAGAUUUUUGUCUCAGUCAGAUUUUGUCUGGAGGGUCUUGUGAGGAUGUCGUUGAAGCAAUUCACAACUCUUUGAUGAAAGUUCAGGAGGAUAUGAGGAAGGGAGAAGUCGCCCUUGAGAAAUAUGUCAUCACAAAGACAUUGACUAAACCACCUGAGGCCUACCCGGAUGCUAAAAACCAACCACAUGUUCUGGUGGCACUAAGAUUAAAGCAAAGUGGAUACUCUAGUGGUUGUUCUGUUGGCGAUACAAUCCCAUAUAUUAUUUGCUGUGAGCAGGGGAAUAGUUCCAUUGGUUCGACUGGAAUCGCUCAACGAGCUAGACAUCCUGAUGAACUGAAAAAAGAAGAUGGGAAAUGGAUGAUUGAUAUUGAUUACUACUUGUCGCAGCAGAUCCAUCCUGUGGUGUCACGUCUGUGUGCUUCUAUCCAGGGUACAAGCCCAGAACGCAUGGCUGAUUGUUUAGGGCUGGACUCAUCUAAGUUCAAAAGUAGUUCAAGUGACACCGUGAGCAGUGAUCCUUCCAGUUCACUCUCGUUCGCCAUUGAAGAUGAGGAGAGAUAUCAAGGUUGCGAGCCGUUGAUAUUGUCAUGUCCCAGCUGCUUUGGGACUUUUGACUGUCCCGCUAUCUUUACUUACAUUUGCAAGUCUGUCAAGGAAAAACUGAAGCAGCCACAAGAAGAGCAAUCUGUAUACAACUUUUGGAAUAGAUUGCACUGCCCUAAAUGCCCCGAGGAAGGUGAUGCUGGCAAGCUAUCUCCUGCAAUGAUGGCCAACCAGGUCAAAAGGCAAGCGGAGAGGUUUGUUUCAAUGUACUACAAGGGCUUAUUGACGUGUGACGACGAAACUUGCAAAUACACAACGCGUAGCCUCAACCUUCGGCUUGUUGGCGAUUCUGAGAGAGGCACAGUUUGUCCAAACUACCCUAGCUGUAAUGGGCGUCUCAUAAGAAAGUACACAGAGGCAGAUCUGUACAAGCAGCUCUCGUAUUUCUGCCAUGUAUUGGAUACUGUACGUUGCAUAGAAAAGAUGGAGCCUAGCACAAGAUUGCCACUGGAGAAAGAGCUGGGAAGAAUAAGGGCAGUGGUCAAUUUGGCCGCAUCAACAGUUCAAAGGAUUCGGGAGCGUUGUGCCUAUGGGUGGGUCCAGCUGCAAAAUCUCACUGUGGCAAUUUGAUUGUUAAAUGCUGCACAUCUAAAGAAACUUAGCGAAUCAAAUUAAAUUUUUGAGUAUUUCUUUACUCUACUUGUAAUCUGUAAAUAAUUAUAAAUGCCGAAAAUUUCAUUAUUCGGCGCUCGUCUUUGUAAUGGGAGUUUAAUCGAAUGUAAAAAUGUACA